GUUUUUGAAUUACCUGGAACUCUCGUCUUUUGGUUUUGAGUUCCAUUCAGCUUCUCCUCUCUCUACAAACUAUUUUGUUUCCUUGACAACUCAAUCUCUCUGUCUCUAUUGAUUCUGUGUAUCCACCUUGAAUAUACAAUUUUUGUAUCCGUUAAAUGUUUUCGUUCUAAUUUUGAUCUAAUCGUUUGGUGCUUGAUUUGUUUGAUAUAGACAGCUUCGUUUUGUAUUGAUUUAUACAUAAAUUUAACCAAUAAUGGCGGCGGGUUUUCCCGCGAAAAUCGCUCUAGCCGCCUUGCUUUUGCCGGUGGUGGUGGUGCUCUGCGAUUUUCCGGCCACUUUGACUCUUGAGAGGGGUAUCCCGCCGAGCCACAAAGUCGAGAUGAGUCUACUCAGAGACUGGGAUAGAGUCAGGCAUGGAAGAAUGUUGCAGUCCUCAAGUGGGGUCGUCGAUUUUCAGGUCCAGGGUACCUUCGAUCCGUUCUCCGUCGGACUCUAUUAUACAAAAGUGCAAUUGGGUUCUCCUCCGAGGGAAUAUCAUGUGCAGAUUGAUACUGGAAGUGAUGUCUUGUGGGUUGGUUGCAUUUCCUGCAAUGGCUGUCCUCAGAGCAGUGGACUCCAAAUUCAGCUGGAUUUCUUUGAUCCUGGGAGCUCAUCAACUGCUUCAUUGAUAUCUUGUUCAGACCAGAGAUGCAGCGUAGGAGUUCAGUCAUCAGAUUCUUUGUGUUCUGCUCAAACCAACCAGUGCAGUUACACUUUUCAGUAUGGAGAUGGCAGUAGUACAUCAGGCUAUUACGUAUCAGAUUUGCUAUAUUUUGAUACAAUUGUAGGGAAUACUUUGACUACUAAUUCUUCGGCUCAGAUAGUGUUUGGGUGUAGCAUCUUACAAACUGCUGACUUGACAAAAUCAGAUAGAGCAGUUGAUGGGAUCUUUGGGUUUGGUCAACAGGAAAUGUCUGUCAUUUCACAACUAUCUUCACAAGGACUAGCACCAAAAGUGUUUUCCCACUGCUUGAAAGGAGAUGAUAAUGGUGGAGGAAUAUUGGUUCUUGGCGAGAUUGUGGAGCCUAAUAUAGUCUAUACUCCACUUGUCCCAUCGCAGCCUCACUACAAUCUAAAUCUUCAGAGCAUUUCUGUCAAUGGUCAAGUGUUGCCAAUAGAUCCCUCAGUGUUUGCAACAUCAAGCGAUCAAGGAACCAUAAUUGAUUCUGGGACUACUUUGGCAUACUUUGUUGAGGCUGCCUAUGAUCCUCUUGUUAAUGCUGUCACUGCUGCUGUUUCUCAGUCUGUACGCUCUGUUCUUUCCAAGGGGAACCAGUGUUAUUUGACAUCUUCCAGGGUUACAGACAUAUUUCCUCAAGUUAGCCUGAACUUUGCUGGCAGCGCAUCUAUGUUACUAAGUCCUCAGGACUACCUUAUACAGCAGAACUCUCUUGGUGGAGCCGAAGUGUGGUGCAUUGGCUUUCAGAAAUUUCAGGGUCAAGGGAUGACAAUUUUGGGAGAUCUUGUUCUGAAGGAUAAAAUUUUUGUAUAUGAUCUAGCUAAUCAGCGGGUUGGAUGGGCUAGUUAUGAUUGUUCAAUGUCGGUGAAUGUCUCUGCAACGACUAGUACUGGCAAAAGCGAAUAUGUCAAUGCAGGACAGUUGAAUGAUAACAGCUCGCCCGAGAAUGUACCAAACAAACUAAUUCCAACCAUUAUAAUCGCUUUUCUCUUGCACACAUGUAUACUUAGGAGUUUCCUGUUCUUGUAGCAUAGGGUCGGAGAUACUUGGGACUUUUUUUGAUUUGCUGUAUAUUCCUUUCCCAGUUUAUAUUUAUAGCAAUCGGCAGGACUAUUUUAUCAUUAUUUUCGUUGCAAGAGUAGAUACUUGGUGUGCAAUAGGCUACAUAUGCCUGUACUGUAUCAGGUUCUUUUCUGAAUAUAAGUGAAUCGCAUUCCUGUAUUCAGGAUUUCCCUUAAUUUAGCCAGCAUUAUACAUUCAUAGGGACCA